AUGGAGAACAACGAUAACGCGGACAGAGAUUGGAAAACGUUGGAGCCGAAUUACACGGUGAAGAUCUUCCUCACUGUGCUGUACACCCUCAUCCUCACCCUGGGCAUUCUGGGAAACAGCGUUACCAUUCACGUGGCGCAGGUGCUUCAGCGGAACGGCUAUCUGCAGAAAAAUGUGACAGACCACAUGGUCAGCCUGGCCUGCUCCGAUUUACUGGUGCUGUUGAUCGGCAUGCCCGUGGAGCUCUACAGCGCUAUCUGGUUUCCGUUCACGUCCGACUCCGGCGACGCCGCCUGCAAGAUCUACAAUUUCCUGUUUGAGGCAUGUAGUUACGCCACCAUCAUGAACGUGGCCACGCUGAGUUUCGAGCGGUACCUUGCCAUCUGCCACCCCUUUCGUUACAAAGCCUUGAGCGGCGGCCGCACGGUGAGGUUCCUGAUCUUUGCGUGGCUCUGCUCCGCCCUUGUCGCUUUGCCACUGCUGAUCGCCACAGGGAUGGAAGGCUAUGUUCCUGAUGGACGCAGCGCACCGGCACAGAAUCUGACAUUCUGCACCAACCUGAGCGAGCACUGGAUCAUGUACCGCACCAGCAUCUUCACAGCAUUCGUUCUCUAUCUUCUCGUUCUGGGUGGUGUGGCCUUCAUGUGCAGAGGAAUGAUUGUUGUACUUCGAGGCCCGAUGGGCCCCGAUGACACGGGAGCAAAUGGAGCCGGACGGGGGGGCCCCAAACAUGAGAAUGCCCGAAUAAAGGCGUCACGGAAACAGAGCAUCCUCUUCUUGGUGCUGAUUGUCUGCGCUUUGUUUCUGUGCUGGAUGCCAAAUCAGAUUCGUCGGCUGAUGACGGCAGCAGUACCCAAGUCAGCGUGGACCGUGAGCUAUCUGAGCAGCUACGUGAAGCUUCAUCCAGUGGCGGACACUUUCUUCUACCUGAGCUCGGUGCUUAACCCACUGCUGUAUAACCUCUCCUCACGCCAGUUCCGCUCGGCCUUCUGGCACACGCUCCUGUGUCGUCUGUCGCUGCAGCACAUCAACAAACGGAUGCUGGAAAGUAGUCAAGGCUCGAGGCGCUCCGGUAACACAGUAAGACCCCUGCUGCGCAGAUCGUUAAACCGUAUACGGAGAGCCACCACCGAGAGAUCAACUUGUCCAUCAACAGGAGAGACACAAAGCAUUCAGCCCUUUACUGAACGUCCCGCAGCCGCAGAGAUGCCUGCCUUUCACCCGCAGGAGGAAGAAACGACUGAGGAGACAAAUCAGGGGACCACAACACAAACUCUCAUCCAGCUCUGCAGACAAACAGUCUAAAGAAUAUCAUGUUAACUUGUGUAGCAGUUAACAAUCUGUUCAAAGAUCAGCAAUCUGUUUCUAUGAACCCCAAGAUUGGUCUAAAUCACCAACCGAUAUUUCAGUGCUGUGGGUCUGCAUCUGACUGCUGCAUGUCUCUCACCGCUGCGGGUUUACGUCUAGCUGCUGCAGGUCUCUCACCGCUGCGGGUCUGCAUCUAACUGCUGCAGGUCUGCAUGCUGCGUGUCUCUCGCGGCUGCGGGUCUGCAUCUAACUGCUGCAGGUCUCUCACCACUGCGGGUCUGCGUCUGACUGCUGCAGGUCUCUCACCGUUGCGAGUCUGCAUGCUGCAUGUCUCUCACGGGUGCAGGUCUGCAUCUAAUUGCUGCAGGUCUCUCACCGCUGCAGGUCUGCAUCUAACUUUCAAUAGAAAUCUAUGAAUUUAUUGACAGAAAUAGGAAAACAAUGAAAAAAUGUUUUGGUCAAUGACUUUGUCAAGAAUUCCCCUAUAGAUAUGAAUGAAUAUGUGG